GCCCAGACGGCAGCUCCAAACCACCAAUCCACAGGCUGCAUGCGGACGUCUCUCCGUCACUUGCGUUCUCGCACUUGCUGAGCGCGCCCGAACGACGAGCCAUUGCCAGCGCCAUCAUGCAGCCCUCCAGAAUACUCCGCUACAACGGCAGCGAUCCGAAGCCCAACAUCACGGGCUUCGAGAUGCGCAAGUUCCUCGCCGCGACCGCCACCCCGCGCUACGAUCCGUGGGAGAGGAACGAAGCGUGGCGCUACACGGGCCGCUUCAGCCGGUGGAACCGGUUCCGGAACGCGCUGCCGGGCUUCGGCAUCGCCUCCGUCGCCUUCGCGGGCUACUGCCUGUACGAGCACUUCUUCUUGCAGGACGAGCACCACCACCACCAUGGCAGCAGCGAGGGCGGGAAGGAGCAGCACCACUGAGCGAGUACCGGGCCGGGCCAGGUUGGGGCGUGCUACGGCGGUGUGAGUGAGUGGAAUUGGCAUUGCCGGGGACCGAGUUGCGGUUCGGAUGGGUUUGGAUGGGAAGCGGGAGGGGAGGGAAGGAGAAUGAAGAAGGGGGAAGUACGGCAUGUGACGAGGGCGGCGGCGAUGGGGCGGAUGGACGGGCUGUGUAUAUGGAAAGGAUGGGCGAGCAGGGGUGGACGAGAAGUCGGCGGGCCGUUGAUAUCCCCCAGAAGAGGGAACAGCGCUAGAUCCGUGAAAAAUGCGUGCGCUCCACGCAUAGCAUGCAAUCUAUUGUACAUUUCGAGGCAACUCUCUCCUUGACUAGAGACGCAAUGAUCGUUGUUUGACUUGACUGAACUGACGAGGGAGAACCAGGCUCGAG